AUGGCCGACAUGCAGCAGGGCCAGAUGGACAUCAGCGGCCUACUGGCCUCUGAUGAUGUUUACGUUGCCUUGGAGGAGUCCCUCCGCUCCCUGGAGGAAGCUCUGGUGGAGAGCUGGACGCGCCUUUCUAACCACUCAAGCACGGACUCCACGAGCUUCACGUGGGUGCAAGAAGAGCUGACUCAGAAGCUUGAGGCCCCUCAGGGGACGGUAUUUCUGAAGGCUGAAGCUCUUGGAACAGUGGACUUGCAGAAAGGUUUGACACUGGCAGAGACGUCCACCAGAUGGCUCCAGGCACCGACGCAGAACAGCUCUCUGGUCCUGGCAGACCUGACGACUCGAGAGGAGAUGCGCUGGCUCACGGACCUGACCCUGAAGCUGGGAGAGCGCUGUGGGUCGGAGGGAACCUGCCAUGCUGUCGGAGGCUUGCUGAUGGGCCUUCCGGCAGUCGUGGAUGAGGACCUGGUCGGCCUCAGUCAGACCUGGACGAAGCGCGUGCAGCUGAAUCUCGAGAAGCGGCAGAAGCUCCAUGGCGAGUUGGCGUCUGCGUAUCGCCGCCUCUCUGUGCAUCAGGGCGGACAGAGCGUGGAGUCUGUCUUCGAGGGCGUGGACUCGUUGAAGAUCAUGUUGGAAGAUGCAGAGUUCGCGGAGACACGAGCACAGGACGACAUGACCCCCGCUGAGCUCCUCAGCAUUCUCCAUGCCACUGCUGCGCGUGUUUUCCAGCAAAGCGAUUCUUAUCAUUGGGCCAUGGUUGGACUGGGCGGCUUAGAUUCCAUGGCCUCAGAGGCAGUGGUGCACGAGCAGGCUGUUCGAGCACAAUCAGCCCCUCGCGUCGCUGAAGAAACCUCCGGAGAGGAUAUGAUCUCAUUCUCAAACACGAACUUGCUUGAUGACCUAUCCUCUGUGGAUGAUCUUCAAGGACAGAUCACGGAGUUGGCAGACUUGGAUCAAGAGGUUGUCAGCCAGCUGGCUGAGGGCUUAAAGCUGCCUGCUCAAGUCGAACCUGCUCUGAUUGAGGGAGAUGAGGAGGAUAUUCUGGAAAGCGGAGAAGAAGAGUUUCAAGAAGAGGAUGAAGAAGAGGAAGAGGCUGCGGACGAGCCGAUUCUGCCCACAGCCGCAACGAAAGAGCCUGUCGCUCCAGACCAGGGGUUGGCUGCAGUGGAGGAGAUUGGUCUCGAAGAGGGUGCUGUUGAGCAAGGACGAGGCAUGGGAGAUGAAGACUUUGCCGCCGAAGCAAACGCAGUUGACAUGCAAGAAGAUGUUGGAAGCCUUCAUGGCAGCGGCUAUGAGAGUCCUUCGGGCCCUGGGCUGCCAGAAGGGCCAGAGUCGACGCCGCGGACGCCACGGACCCCUUCCAGCCCCAAGAGCACUGGGAAGCCGAAGGCUUCCAAGGAGGCCCAGAGCCCAAAAAGCUCCAAGACCAAGGCCCAGGGCGCUCAGGGAGCUCAGGGCGCUCAGGGCGCUCGCCAGGGCCAGGAGCCGGCCAGCCCGAAGAGUCCCAAGAGCCCGCGAAGUCCCCGAAGUCCCCAAAGCCCAAAGAGUCCCAAGAGCCCGAAGCGGUCGACGACUCUCAGGCCAGGCCAAGGACGUUGCCCCAAGAGCCUUACCUCUAAGACCCGUGGCAAGGCAAGCGAGCUUCCGUGA